GUAUGCUCAGUUGUUUUCCAUCGAAUAUUUCAAUAUCUUUAUAGAAACCAUGGAUGUGUUGUACGUUUUGUUUAUUAUUUCCAUAUGUGCUCUUCAAUUUUCGAAGUCCGUUGAAAGUGAGCAAUUUUGUUCAAAAUUUCCAUACGCCGAACAAACGCUAGAAAGAAUGCUACGAGUGGAAGCCAAAGUGGACCAAUGGGACAAAGAGAUGAAAAGAUUCGAGGAAGCUAUUCUGUCUGUCUUAGAACAUCGUAGAGACAAAACGGACAAACAACUACAAAAGCUGAGAGACGAAAUUGAAAAGAUGCAAGACGGGAGAAUGAGAAAUCAAUUUAUUGCAUUUAAUGCAUAUACAAAAGUCAGUGGAAAAUACCCUAUUGGCGAGGCUGUCAUAUUUCCGGAAGUCCUUCUAAAUGAAGGAGGAGGAUACAAUUCAACGACUGGACAUUUUACUGCACCUGUUGCCGGUCUUUAUCACUUCACAGCUCAUGUCUGCAAUCAAGACACCAAGGCUAUGGUAAUUUCUAUUAAGCAUGGAACAAACACAAUUGCUGUUGGCACAGAAUAUGAGGACAACAAUAGCAGUUGCAGUUCCCUCAGUGCACCAGCAUUAAUGAAAGCUGGGGAGAGUGUGUAUGUUAAAUCUACAUACGAACACAACUACAUGCAGUUUAAUGUAUAUCGACAACCGUCGUUUAUGGGUGUUUUAGUGCAGAGCCGCCAAUAGGUCGUUUUUGUGGAUGUUUUAGUGUAGAGCCGCAAAUAGGUCGUUUGUGGAUGAUUUAGUGUAGAGCCGCAAAUAGAACAACUGGGCUGUACGUACAUCUUUAUGCCAAGAAAAACGUGUUCAAACUGUUCGCUUGAAUGUUCUUAUGUAUUGUGAAAUCAUUUACCGUAUAAGUACUUUUUCUGCGGGAACUUUAUUUUUGCGUUUUCCGCGGAAGACAAUAAGACCGCAGAUUUAAAAUCCGCAGUUUUUGUCCUGACAUGCCGUGAUACGACGAUACAACCCGCCAUUAUAAUCCGGUUAAGUAUAAGACAAUGUCCGAUAGCGUUAUCGGCUUUUGUCCCACAUGUAGCCAAAGGCCGACGAAGCAAGUUGAAAAUUUAGUAGUAACGGUAAUAUAAUAGAAACGUUUUAUUAUUGUUUUUCUUUUGAAUAAACAAUAAUUAAAAUCA